AUGCCACAAAUGUUGAACAGGAAAUUGGUCACUUUGAUCAGUUGUAAGUCUGUGCGAACGGUGGCGUCGCUCAAUGAGGAUGCCGGCGAAACGUCUGGCAAUCUACCAAGCAAACGGUGCGAGACUGAAAAUGCUCGUGGAUACUUUGGCAGAGGAGGCAGAACGAGUUACGUCGUCGCCCAUUCCUCUUCUGUACGCCUUUACGAUAAGGCCUCUCUCUCUCUCGGCGUGGAGCUCCGACACGGUCGAGAGGCCGAGUUCAAAAGGCCGGCCCGUCGGCUCAUGGCCAGAGGAGAAGAGCUCUUUUCUGGGGAUGGAUCAACCCGGACCGAGUGCAGAUUGGGGCUGAGCUGGUGUCUUGUUCUCGGCUUCGCGACACGCAUGAUCGCUCAGUCGUCGUGUGUACCGUCGGCCGGCGAGCGUUAG